AUGGUUGUUACUAGGUCUGGUAAAUCCUCGUAUGCCAAAGUCCUUCAGGACGGAGGAUCGGGGUCUGAGAGUAACGACGACUUGAGUGGCGUGGCUCCUGAGCCGACGGGCAGAAGCUCGCCACUUCCACACAUUACCGAGUCCGGCUCGGUCAUUGGUUCAGGUGAGUCUACAUCGGACGAGAACCGAAUGAUCGGGGGACUCUUGUCCCUUCCCCAAGACAGGGAUCCGGGACUUGCGGGACAAGGUCCCGCAAGCAACGUGACCCUUAGGGACGAGCUCGUGGGCCUUGUGCCUGCGAGAUCGAGAUCGCAGCAAGAGGAGGCUGCUAGUGUGUCUUCCGAAAGGGAGAUCGACGCUGCGCGCGCGGAUUCUCCGAAUCCUGCUGCUGCGACGCACGCGGGUACUAUGUACCCUGCGUAUGCGAAGGGGACUGAGUCUGUGAACUCAGAGGACUUGGGGAUGAAGGGAGAGGUGAAGUCCGAGGGCGGGAGGAUGCCUGGAAGCUUCGCAACUCCGAGCGAUAAGGGCUUCGUUAAGCCUAAGUCGCCUGUACGCGCCAGUAAACGUAGCCCUAGUCAGCCUGAGGUCUCGGGGCCUCAAUUCUUUAAAGCAAAUAUAUUAGACGUCGACCCCGUAGACAAGACUGAAAUUGCUGGUCGCUGGUGUGAUCUCGACGAGAACGGCAUUGGAGAACUGCCUGUCGAGUGGGUAGAACGUGCAAGUGAGCGGUGGAGCCCGAUCAGGAACGAGAUCAUCUCCGAUCUGAAUCUUGAGGCAGGGAAGCGCCGGGAUCGAAGCACACCUCGAAAGAAAGCCAAGAAGUCGACUCAACACAAGAAAGACUCCAGUUUUGUCUCAAGCAAGGUUUUCGCGAGCCGGAAUGACCUAAAUAACCUGCAUGUAUCAAUGGGGGUUAUCGAGGAAGAACCGGUAAUGAAGUCCAAAGGCAAGGGCAAAGAAAGAGCCGUAGAGUCCGAAGAAGAACUCGGCGAUUCCGACAAGGAAAACAUCCCUCCCGGAUACGAUUUCGAGGAGAGCGAUCUGCGAAGGGCCCAGAUCAAAGCAGAUCGCGUGUUUGCUCUCCGGAUGCAAAAAGAGCUCGAACGAUACCAUGCAGAGCGUCCGGAAAACCAGCCCGUAGGUAGAGACGAUCUGAGACAACCAGAUAUCCAGACGGGAGAUGUUGAGCGACCAGUGCAUGUCCCGAUCAAUGAGAACAGAGGACGUUCUCAGUUCCGGACACAGUUUGUGAAUGCUGAAGCUGGCCCGAGUGGUCAUGUUCACUCGUCUAUGAACCCGAGCAGUGAUCCGUCGAGUAGUAGCUUCUCGAGUUCAUCUGGCAGCCGAGGGUCUAGUCCUGAUGAUUCGGAUAGCACCUAUAGAGGGUCGGAUCGCGAUUCGUCAAGUUCAGAGUUUGAUCCGUCGACGGAAGGAGAUUCCACAACGGAAGACUCAUCGGAUGAAGGAUCAGAGACUUCAUCGGAUCCGAAAGCGGAUAAGCGCAAGCGGCAAAAGAAGCGCAAAGACGAACUGAAGAGUCGCAAGAAACAUAAGCGCAAGUCCGGACAUCACGGAAGGUCUAAGAGUUCCUCCAAGCGUGCAAAGAGGGACAAGGCCGCGAAGCUAGGAAAGACAGUGAGUGCUUCAGCUCAGAUACCAAGGAAUACAGGGUUAGGCAGAACUCUGGGGACCAAAGACAAGAAGCGGAACAAUCGAGACAAGAAGAAAAGGAGCAAGCGACGCAAAAGCAAGCAUCUUGACUCAUCCUCUUCGGAUUCCGGUUCUGAAUCUGAAUUUAUGGAUCUGUUCCCCUCCGAGCCUGAGAGUGUAUACUCGUCGGAUUCUACAGAUACCAAGACUAGGAAGCGAGCGGCUAAGCGGAAGUACAAACGCAAGUUAGCCAUCGCUAAACGGGCUUCGGAAUAUUACAAGGUCGCUCCGAAAGAAUACGACGGGUCGCCGAAUAUGUACGAGUUCGAGAAAUGGUCUCGAGACAUCAAACGUUGGAUUAAGGGGUCAGGUAUGAAAAUGAAGCAUAUAUUACCCUUAAUCGGACAAUACAUGAAAGGCAGGGCUUACAAGUGGUACGAACGCGAGGUGGUGAAUGGCCGGAGAACUUUCACAAAGACUGAAUUUUUCUCUGCGUUGUUUGACCAUGUGUUUCCGCCAGAUUUCCGAACGGAACAGCGCGACAAGUUUGAGAACACUCACCAAGGGAACUGGGAGAUCCGCGACUUUAUUCAGCGGCUACAGGACAUCGCGAGUACCAUUGGCGAUGUGUCCGAGCGUGAGAUUGUACGCCAAGCAUGGAGGCGUAGCCAGGUCUACGUUCGUACAUAUUUGACGAAGCGAGGAUUCGACGUCGAGCGUAUCUCUCUUGAGCAGUUCUCCAAGUACGCGCAGCGAGCGGAGCGGACAGAGAAGUUGUUGGCUAAGGAAAACAAGGGCGAGCGAUCGCAGAGGACAAGGCCUAGCACUGAUCGGAGGAAUGAGGGCCGAAAUGGAGGGCGUAACAACGAUUCUGGGAGAAAGGACAAGCCAACUCCGCAAGGACAGGCGAGUUCGACCUCUGGGAAGCGUCCGAACAACUUUCAGAAUAAGACCAGAAACCAGAACGACCGGGAGCACAGGCCUAAGUUCCAGCCGAAGCCUAAGCUAGACAAGGAGACGAGACAGCGGUACAUGAAAGAGAACCGGUGCUUCAAGUGCAGCAAGGAAGGUCACAAUGCGAAAGACUGCCCAGAUAGUAAGGUUACCAACGCAGUUCUGAACCUAGACGAAGACGCAAUCGAGAAGGCAGCCAAAGAACGGGCAGCCGAGCGUCGAAGUAAGGUAAAGGCAGCUGAAGACAUGGGAGUGGCGAGUACAUCCUUAGCCGGUGUGGUAAAUCUUGAUGAGUCCGAAGAAAUCCGGUCUCUCAAGAAACGGCUGUGGAAAGACAGCGUACAUCAGCGUCUGCGUGGAGUCAUACCGCUACCUUUUGAUGACAUGCGUGAGGGAACUCGUCCUUGUGCAUGGAACGACCCUGAGCGAUUUGUAGUCCAGGAACUUGACGAUGACAUCGUUCCUACGGGACUCAUACAUGUCCAGGACCGUCAUUGCAAUGUAAUCUUUGAUGUUCCCGGAUUUUUAUUCCGGAAACAAACGUUUGAUUUAGCGCAUUGGCUGCAUGAGAAGAUGAGACCUCACCUGGAUGAUAUCUGGGAUGCUAGGGAACAUUCUCAGCCUGUACCAGUGAAAGUCGCAGAUGAGGAUCCCGACUAUGAUCGGAAUUAUCUAGUUCAAGCAGAUAAUGGAUGGACGUACGAUGCGCGCGGUCACCACGUAAUGAGAUUCCGUCACUAUACCGGAGAACUUCUUGAAUUCGACUGCGAGAAUGCCGAGCAGGAAGCACUGGGGAAGUGGUAUGAAUCCAGCAAUUGUGGUGGGCCUUGUUGUAACCGGACUGGUGGUAUUAAGCAUGAUUUACUUCGAUGCACGGAAGACGUCAUCAACUACGUACCUCCAGCGAUGGUAGAGUGGUAUACCGGCGAAAAGCAUCCUGAUCUCGAAGAGAUUCGACAUCUUUAUGCUGUAUACCUUCGCCGGCAGCAGGGACUUCCAAUACAGGAAGGCGAGGACUCAGGCUUACCUCCGGGUGAACUACCACAUAAUCCCGACUCCGCUUUCGAUGCGGAUGCUGAGGAAUACCUGCAAUAUGUGAUCGCUCAUGGGACUCAGCAUUAUAAGGGACCGUUUAAACGAUCCAUUCCGCGUAGCCCAACACCUAUUCCGUGCCGUGGGCUAAGCGGUGGCUGCAGUGGCUGCGAGGACCUUGGUUCAGUCUCCGACGACGGUGGCGUGGGAAACGUCCCGGACUUGGAAUCUGUGCCGGACUCGGAGCUCGAUGAGGUCGAACGGAUGCUUAGCGUCGUCGAUACUGAGGACGAUGCUGAGGACAUGAACGUAACUAUUGCUGAGGAUGAUGUAGAACACCAUCCUGGGCGUACGGAGUCGGAUCUCAGUGAGCUCCGGGGCCUGCGUGAUUUUUGGCGUCUGGUUCAGGCAUGGACACUUUCUUCAGAAGACGGCUUGUCAGAAUCCAGUGGCGAAGAUGGGUAUUACACUUGUGAGUCGCCAUGGGAGGAUGAUGAACCUGUCGUUUUCUAUGUAGGAGCUGUUACUGCAGAGAAACCGAAGGCGAAGAAAGGAAAGUCUGUACGAAACAAGGCUGACCUUAACUCUUUGGAGCACACUUCGUUGCGCGUGAAAGAUCCUUCGCGGAAGGUACCUAGGCCUAUAAUUGUUAAUGUGCGUGUCAAUGCUGAAGAUCAAGACCACUGCACUCGACAAGCAAUUGCCGGUGCAGAUGGCAGUGUCGGGAUCGAGGGCUAA